CAGUCGCACACGGCAUGGCGUCACACGAGGAUGGCUCGACAUUCACGUUGAGUGUCUUCAGAGGCAUGUCGGCUCGAUGCGAUAUCAGUCCAUGGAUAUCCCUCGGAAUGGUUGCCGAGGCCGGACAAGUGCUUGAAUACAAGGAGCGUGCCCCAGAAGUGCCUCUCCGCAUUAUUCAAUACAGCUAGUACUACAACAACCUCCAGCAAGUACUACAACAACCUCCAGCAACAUGUCUCAAGUUCUUGUUCUACCGACACCUCUCUCGUCCAGCUCUUUCGCUCUUGGACAGCUGCUUGGCGAUCCUUUGAACCCGGAGUCGAGUUCCUUCGAGCCAUCAACAAAGCCAGCAUGCAACAAGCCUACCAUACAGUCACGCUACGAGGACAUCAUUUCUCAGGAUGAAGAAGGACGCUUCAUCUCCAGCCUCGGCAAGACGGCUUCAUCAGUUGACAACACUGUGGUGCUGAACGCUGAUGAGAUGUCUCUUGCUUCACUCAUGAACCCCUGCGCCGCCUUCGAAGCACUCCGCCGCGACACCAAAACUCAAAAUUUCCUUCGCAAAUCUGCCCUGCAAAACCACGCAGAACUUGAGGAGGACGCAAAGGAGUCAGUGUUCGCCGUUAAGCUGAUGAAAGUCGCUUGCCGUGCCGGCGCCAAGGAUGCGCCUCAUACCCUCGAGGACAUUGACUACGCCUGGACAUACCACACUCUUGAGGAGCCGGAUAUGCAACUCUCGAUCGGUCUCGGGAAAGCUCUGCAGGCGAAAGAACUGAGAGCCCUCGCCGGAAUCGUUAUUGACGAGGACUUCGGGGAGCAAGGACACUACGAUCAUUACUUCGAUGACGAAGGUCUGGCUGGAUUUUCAAGCGACUAGCCGAGCACGCAUCGACCGUCUAAUCAUUUCUUUAUAACACUGGAUCUAUCGGCGUUCACAUUACCAGAACAGCAUAGCAUUGGCUUCUUUCUGUUUCCAAUAUAACACCAUCGAUCUUCUUGUACUUGACAGUCAGUCCAACCUUAUGUCACAUCCAUGCGUUGUCCAGUCCAGUCACUUUGGUCAACUUUUCGAAACAAUUUGCAAGUUUGAUCACUAAACAGUCAUGAGGGUGUUUAGUGUGUCGGCCGAUGCAUCAAGUCACCAAGCCUGAUU